AUGGAGGAACCCUGCCCAAGUUCACAAAAAACCGAUAGUUUUUGCAAGGUAUGCGGCGACAAAGCCUCCGGAAAACAUUACGGUGUUGCCAGCUGCGACGGCUGCAGAGGUUUCUUUAAAAGAAGCAUACGAAGAAACUUAGAAUACGUUUGUAAGGAGAACGGUAACUGCAUUGUCGAUGUAACGAGAAGAAAUCAGUGUCAAGCGUGCAGAUUUAAAAAAUGUCUACAAGUUAAUAUGAAAAGAGACGCUGUUCAACACGAAAGGGCGCCCCGCGCUAGUCACACUUCACCUCUGCAUCACUAUCACUUAGGUUUGGGAACUAGGCUACGGCCUUUUCAAUUUUCUCCCGUUUCUACGAUUGGUAGUAUCCCGCUUCAACUACAAAGUCCUCCGCUAUUAGAACCCGUCAUACCUCAAAUUCCAGGGCAGUAUUUUCAUCAAGGUAUCAUUUAUCCUACGGUUUCCAUGCUGGGGACAUUUGGAAAACAAAAUACUGGUUUAAAUUGUACAGGAUUACGUCAUUCAAGUUCACCUUAUCCAGUUCAAAAACAAUCUUCAACUAUAGCCAAUUCGAGUGUGUCGCCUAGGAACAUCAUCAAAGACGAUGAAGUUUCGAGUUCCGAAGAAAUUGCUCAGUACAAAACAUCAGAAAAAGGUAAAAAAUUUUUGCCACUUUUUAUUUCUUCUUGUGUUUCUCCGUUUCUACCAAUCAAUUUAAAACAAAAAAAUAUCAUUUUAGAAUUAAUUAAUGAAGAAUCCUCAUCGAGGUUAAAAUUACCAAUAGAUUCUUGUAGAACUACAAUUAGACAUUCGGAUUUAUCGUAUCUAAAUCUAUUUCCUGCUGAAAAUAUAUACGAAUCGGCAGCAAAGCUUCUAUUUUUAUCUAUUAAAUGGGCCAGAACCAUACCAUCAUUUUUACAGCUAUCGUACGGGGACCAAUCUAUUUUAUUGGAAGAAAGUUGGAAUGAACUAUUUGUAUUAACUGCGGCGCAAUGGGCGUUUCCAGUGGAUGAAGCUAUUCUAUUGAAUAAUGCGGUGGCUCCUACUUCCCGCCACGUACUAUUAGAAGAAGACGCCCGGAAGUUGAGAGAAAUAAUAACAAGAUUGAAUUUACUUAGAGUUGAUCAUACCGAACACGCUUGUUUGAAAGCGUUGGUGCUAUUCAAAGCAGAAAGCAGGGGUCUCUGUGAACCAGCUCACGUCGAACUACUGCAGGAUCAAACUCACGUAAUGCUCCACGAAUAUUGCGCCCAAAGACAAACUGUACAUAAAGGGAGAUUCGGGAAACUCCUACUCACCUUACCGGCUGUUCAAUCGGUUUCGAGGAGGGGAUUGGAGGAACUUCUCUUUAGACAAACGGUGGGAGACGUCGCCAUCGAUAGACUUUUGGGCGAUCUUGCCAAAGCAGCAGGAUAA